AUGGCUGGACUGGAAUUUGCUGGCCCGCCGCUAGCCCAGCGCGUCCCUGACGACCUGACCAUCCCCCAAUUCAUGCUUGAAACUCAUCACCCCCUCCGGCCAGAUCAAGGAUCAAUUCCGUGUCUGAUCGAAGACGAGACAGGACGUCGCGUUACAUUGCCCGAGCUUCGCACACGCACGCGUCUCUUAGCUUAUGCUCUGCGGGAAAAGUAUGGCAUCGGUAUGUGUAAUCAAGCACAUCUUUGGCACGCGACUUGCCGCUCACUGCUAGCUUCCUUCCCAGGAAAUGAGGAUGUAGUUCUCCUAUGCAUGCCCAAUGACAUUGAUUUCCCCGUCGCUAUGUGGGCAGUCCAAUACAACGGAGGAAUCUACACAGGCGCGAAUCCAGGGUCGACUGCCGACGAGCUGCUUUAUCAGCUCCAGAUAACAGAAGCAACGAUGAUCGUCGCGCAUCCCUCGACGUAUCACACAGUAGUCAAGGCCGCCCGGUUGGCCGGGAUCCCUUUGGACCGCGUCAUUCUUCCUAAACCCGUGUCCGGCAUUCAAGCAGACUCGAUCGAAGAUCUAGAAAGAGAAUACGGCGGACGCGAUCUCGCGUCCUCAGCCCUGAAAUUGGCUCCGGGAGAAGGUACCACCAAGAUCGCGUGCCUCUGCAUGUCUUCGGGGACGACCGGCAAGCCCAAGGCUGUUGCAAUAAGCCACGCCGCUGUCAUCGCCAAUCUCGUGCAACUCAGCUCCUUCAAUCCUCCGAAACCCAACGCAACCUGGUCUCCCGGCGAUGUUGUGCUCGGCAUCUUGCCUCUAUUUCACAUCGCCGGGUUGGUGUUCACCGCAAGUUCCUUCACCCAAAUACCUGCUAUCGAUCUUGGUGCUGACUUGAUGAUGAUAGCUGCAUUGGGUCUUAUUCUGCGGGUCGUUCCUAAGUUCGAUUUCGUGAGCAUGUUGGACAGCGUUGUCCGGCAUCGCAUCCAGCAUCUCAUUUUGGUUCCUCCGAUCGCCGUUGCCCUAUGCAAGCAUCCGGCAGCGCGGGGAUAUGACCUGACCCACGUCAAGUUCAUCGGGAGCGGGGCAGCACCCUUGACAAGCGAAGUGGAAGACGAGCUGCAGCGCAUAUAUCCGGCGAAGACUGGCCAAGCGUACGGAUUGACCGAGACGAGCACCAUUGUGUCGAUGGUUCCGUUCUACGAAGACGGCACCUCAGGCAGUAUCGGGAGACUGAUCCCCGGAGUUCGUGUCAAGUUGGUCAAAGCCGAUGGCACGCAAGCCGGGUACGACGAGCCAGGCGAGCUUGUGGUCAAAACACCUUCCCUCGCGAUGUGUUAUCACAAGAACGCCAAAGCUACCGAUGAAUCUUUCAACGAAGGAUGGUUCCGGACAGGCGACGAAGCCAAGAUAAGCAGAAACGGCGAUGUGUGGAUAACGGACAGACUCAAAGUCGGAAUUGAUCAAAGUUCGGGGCUUCCAGGUGUCACCGGCAGAGUUGGAAGGCCUGCUCCUGUUCUUCCCCUUCCGGACGACAAGAGCGGCGAAGUUCCGAUGGCGUUUGUCGUUUUGACAGAGGGCGCUCUCCAGAGAUCCAAAUCCAGUCCAGAGCAAGCCGGUGAAAUCAAGACUUCCAUUCAGAAGCUCGUCGCCGACAACAAAGUCAGAUACAAGCAUCUAGAUGGGGGUAUUGAGUUUGCAGAUUUCAUACCGAAGAACCCUAGCGGUAAGAUUCUGCGGCGUGUAUUGAAGGAACAAGUCGCAGCACGGCUUCAGGCCAAACUAUGA